AUGCCGAUAUUCUUUAUCUUCUUCCUCUUCAUUUUGAUCUCUUCUGUACACGCACUUUCCUGUAAUAAACUGGAACACGAUUCUCUUUUAUCGUUCUAUAAACAAAUUUCUGUCCCGUCACCAGAAAUUCCUCUCAACUGGUCAUCCAUCGACUGCUGCAAAUGGGAAGGUGUUACUUGCAAUCCCGAGUCUCGGGUCACCCAUUUAUCGAUAUCGGGAGGAGAAAUUGCGAAUCUUGAUUUUUCCCCACUUAAGAAACUGGAAGCAAUUGAUUUUGGGAACAAUAGCUUUGUGGGGAACAUUCCAGUUAGCCUGUGCUUGUGUAGAUCCCUAAUUGCAGUUCGAUUAGCAUAUAACCAGUUGACGGGCGAAAUCCCAGCUUGCAUGGCUGGCUUAAAAUCUUUUUCCCAUCUCUCACUUUCCUACAAUUUCCUGUCUAACGUUGUUGGAGCUUUUAGGAUUCUUAUACGCUGCGAUCAUCUUUCUGUUCUCUUCCUGACAGGGUGCUUCAAUGAUGAACCGGUGCCAAAUGAUGGCCAUUUAUUACAUCUAAAUGGGUUCCAAAAUCUACAAAUUCUCAGUCUGGGUGAAUGCAAACUCAAAGGUGAAGUGCCUUCUUGGAUUGGAAAAUUAAAGAAACUCAAAGUGCUGAAUCUGUCGUACAAUCAAAUUACGGGCACAAUUCCAAAAUGGCUGGGGAGUAUGCCUAGCCUUUUUGUACUAAACAUCACUCGAAAUCACCUCACUGGAGAACUUCCUCGCGAAAUUGGCAACCUAAACGCUUUAGUUUCAGACGAUGCAGACUCAAACUUGAGUAAUUUAGCGUUGCCUUUCUUAUUCUACAGUCUCCAGUACAAUCGACUAUUCAACUUGCCAAAGGGAAUCAAAGUUGGGAAUAACGGUCUGAGUGGGAAUCUUCCGGCAGAAUUAGGAAACUUGAGACUUCUUACAGAACUGGAUCUCAACGAUAACUACUUCAAUGGAAGCAUUCCAAAUGAAUUAUCCCGUCUUGUCAAUUUAGAGAAAUUGGACAUGUCGGGGAACCAUCUCACCGGCGAGAUCCCCGAAUCUCUGAAAAAACUUCAUUUCUUGUCUCAUUUCACCGUGGCAAACAAUGAUUUAGAAGGAGAGAUUCCAAAGGGUGGUCAAUUUGAUACAUUCACAAACACUUCAUUUGAGGGGAAUCCUAAACUUUGUGGGUCUGUACUGCAAAAAAAUUGCCCUCCAGCAAGCAACGGAGGUGAAGAUGAAAUGUUGCCCCCGGCACCGGAGGAGGAAGAGUCAGCAACUUCGUUGUACACUAUUCCCUUUGGUUUGGGAUAUUCUGUAGGAUUUUUUGUGGUCGUCAUCAGUUUACUCUUUAGGAGUUCAUUGAAGUGCUUUAAUUGA